CCGGACAGGAUUAGGCGCCGGACAGAUUCCGUUGACAUUGCUGAGGAGGAGGAGGAGGGGACAGGACUGGCGUUACCAAACUUGAAGGAUUCACUGAAGGGAGCCGCAGCUCACUGGCAGCCCGCUUCUUAGCUGUAAUAUUAGGGUUCAGCGGAGUCAUGUAUCGGCGGCCGCUGCAGUCUGCCGUCAGAAACUUUGCAAAUGUGUCCGCGUCCAGAGCCGCCUACGGAAAGGUGUUAGACCAAGAAGCCUGUUUCGUCAGAGCUUUAGCAGCGUGUCAGCUGGCCAGAGUCCCCUCUCCUUGUUUAACACCAUGUCGGUCCCUGCACUUGAACACACAGCUCUACAGCGUGAAGGAGACGCCCCAGCACACAGAGGAGGAAGUUGGGGCCUUCACAAAGCUCAUUGAGGCCAUGGGCUUCACUGGACCUCUCAAAUACAACAAAUGGAAAAUCAAGAUUGCUGCCUUGCGGAUGUACACAUGCUGUGUAGAAAGAGUCAAUUAUGACGAGUUCUCUGAAAAGUGCUCCCUCCCCGACACACUCAACUCCUGGUUCCUGGUCGCCCAGCUGCACGUAUGGAUGUGUUUGGUUCGGAUGCGUCAGGAGGGCAGAGCAGGGAAGUACAUGUGCCGUUACAUUGUGCACUCCAUGUGGGAGGACGUAGAGCAGAGGAGCAAAAUCCUGGGGAUCGAUGCGACCCAUAGAAAGGAAGGCAUGAAACUGAUGACGGAGACGUUCUACGCUGCUAUAUUUGGAUAUGAUGAGGGAAUCCUGUCUGACGACUGUGUGCUGGCAGCAGCUCUGUGGAGAAACCUCUUCAACAGAGAGUGUGAAGACCCCAAACAGCUGGAGCUCAUGGUGGAAUACGUACGCAAACAGAUGCAGUACAUCGAUGCUCUGGACGGGGAGGACCUGCUGCUGACAGGAGAGGUGAAGUGGCGCCCUCUGACGGAGGAGAAUGCUCAGAGCAUCCUGAAGGUGGCCACACCAACGUAUAACGACACCGGACUGUGAGAUGAAGAGACAGACUCCUGUUUCCUCUAAUCCAAAGUCCUCUUCUCUGACCUCUUCUCCCCCAAUCUGUCCCCUCCCUGUUCCAGAGUUUGUCUCUCUUCCUUUCUUCUUCCUCUUGUAAUCAUGCAGCCUGUCCCCCUCCUCCUUCUCUGUACUCUUCUCCUCCUGUCAGGAGGGAUUUUAAAUUUGACAUUAAGUCUUUUGCUGUCCUUUAUGUCUGCUUCUUUUUCUUACUUUCCUCUCAGUACCCAAACCGUUUUUCCUUUCUCCCUUCAGAAGUCUGUUUCUGGAGGUCCAGUAUAGCCAAGAUAGACAGUCAGGGAUAUUUUCACACGCAGACCUUCACAGAAAUCCAUAAAUCAUUAAAAACAAGCCAGCCAAAAACCAGGAAAUGCUGUGCAUCAUCAUCCUGAA